GGGGGUCGGGAUGGGGCACUGUGCCCCAUGGCAUUUUCAUGAAGAGCAAAUUGGUCCCUGGGGCUGUGCCAUGCCCCAAAGGACAGACCGCUCCUGAGGGGCUGCAGAGCACCCCCCCCGGUUUCAGCCCCCUUGCAGCUCUGGCCUGGGGGGCUCAGAGAGGGGCUGCGGCCAGGCAGUGUUGGGGUGCGGGGCAGUCCCGAUGUGCAGGUGGGGGGUUCCCCAUCCAGGGGGGUGACUUCCCUGUGCCACCUGCCCCUGCUGGGGGCUGUGCUUGGUGCAGCGCCUGGCAGAGGUCUAGGAGACCCGCAGCUCCCUCCGAGGGGGUUGGGGGGGAGGAUUGAUCCCAGAAGGAGUCCUCCUGGCAUGCCCCCCCCGGGCUGCCAUCCCGGCAGCACCCUCCAGGGCCUGGCUGCUCUCUAGGCCCUGCUGUGCUUGCGCCAACGCUGCCGGGUUGCUGCAGAGCAGCCAUCUUCCCAGUGCAUCCCAUCCCCCUCCGCCAGCGCAGGGAAGCAGGAGGGAUGCUGGGGAUGCUGCCAGCCCCAGAGCUCCCCCACCCCUCUGCAGGUGCUCAGGAGGGGGUUAUGGUGCUUCCUCACCCACCCCGCUUGCCACAGAGCCCCGGCUGCUGGACGAUGCUCCCCCCUCAUUCUCCUCCUCCGCCUGGCUGCCUGCGCCGCAUCCCCGCUGGUGGGCUGCACCGUGCCGGGGUGGGGGAAGAAGGGGGCUGCGAGCACGGCGCUGGGGCUGGCAGUGAUGCCACCGCCUCUCUGCUCGGGUGCCGGAGUGGGGACAGCAGGCAGCCAGUUGGGCUGCUGAGCCGGGAGGAAGACAGCGGUGCCAGGCUGGGAUUGGGCAACUUUCUGCCAUGUGAUCCCGAGCCUGGCUCCAGCCCUCACCACCCCCAGGCAGGCACGGGCGUCUCCGCAGAGCCCCCCGCUCGCCACCGCGCCGCAGCUGCCGCUGCCACCCCGGCCAUGGGCGAGAGAUGCGACUACCAGCGCCUGAGCAGCACCGAGGAGGAGGAGGAGAUGCUCGGCCCCCUGCCCCACAGCUUCUCGGACAGCACCGGGCAGCGGGUCCUGCGGCCGGGCAGCGGGCACCCCAUGCCAUCCCCCCGGCAGGACAUCGUCCCGGGCAUGCCAUGCCGGCGGAGGCUGAGCUGUAGCAUGCAGGCGGAGGAGGGCACGGACUGGCUGCUGGAGCUGCUCACCGAGCUGCAGCUGCAGCAGUACUUUCUGCGCAUCCGGGACGAGCUCAAUGUCACCCGCCUCUCCCACUUCGAGUACGUCAAAAAUGAGGAUCUCGAGAAGAUCGGCAUGGGACGCCCCGGCCAGCGGCGGCUGUGGGAGGCGGUGAAGCGGAGGAAAGCCAUGUGCAAGCGGAAAUCCUGGAUGAGCAAGGUGUUCAGUGGGAAGCGCCCUGAGUCGGAGCUGCCACCCCAGCCCCAGAGCACCUUCCGCAAGCCCCCCACGCCACCGCCCCCCGAAGCCGGGGGCCAGCACUCCCUCACCUGCCUUGUGCGGGAGCGGGACCUCUCGCUCUUUGAGAAGCUGGGCGACGGCUCCUUUGGCGUUGUGCGUCGCGGCGAGUGGUGCACACCUGCCGGCAAGACGCUGAAUGUGGCGGUGAAAUGCCUCAAGACGGAUGUGCUGAGCCAGCCAGAGGCACUGGACGACUUCAUCCGGGAGGUGAACGCCAUGCACUCCCUGGACCACAGGAACCUCAUCCGCCUCUAUGGCGUGGUGCUCUCCCACCCUAUGAAGAUGGUGACAGAGCUGGCCCCGCUGGGCUCCCUCCUGGACCGCCUGCGGAAGAACCAGGGCCAUUUUCUCAUCUCUACCCUCUGCCAGUAUGCCAUACAGGUGGCCAAGGGCAUGGCCUACCUGGAGUCCAAGCGCUUCAUCCACCGCGACCUGGCUGCCCGUAACAUCCUGCUGGCCUCCAACGAGCUGGUCAAGAUCGGGGACUUUGGGCUGAUGCGGGCCCUACCCAAAAAUGACGACCACUACGUAAUGCAGGAGCAUCGCAAGGUCCCCUUUGCCUGGUGUGCUCCUGAGAGCCUGAAGACGCGCACCUUCUCCCAUGCCAGCGAUACCUGGAUGUUCGGGGUGACCCUCUGGGAGAUGUUCACCUAUGGGCAGGAACCUUGGAUUGGCCUCAAUGGCAGCCAGAUCCUGCACAAGAUAGACAAGGAGGGUGAGCGGCUGCCGCGGCCUGAGGACUGUCCCCAGGACAUCUACAAUGUCAUGCUGCAGUGCUGGGCGCACAAGCCUGAGGACCGACCCACCUUCGUGGCCUUGCGGGACUUCUUGGUGGAGGCGCAGCCCACCGACAUGAGAGCACUGCAGGACUUCGAGGAGCCUGACAAGCUGCACAUCCAGAUGAACGACAUCAUCACUGUCAUCGAGGGCAGGGCCGAGAAUUACUGGUGGCGGGGUCAGAAUAAACGGACCCUAAAAGUGGGCCAGUUCCCCCGAAACACGGUGACCUCGGUGGCAGGGCUGUCGGCCCAUGACAUCAGCCAGCCGCUUAAAAACAGCUUCAUCCACACAGGCCAUGGAGACACCAACCCGCAGCACUGCUGGGGGUUUCCCGAUAAAAUUGAUGAGCUGUACCUGGGAAAUCCCAUGGACCCUCCUGACAUUUUAGGUGUGGACCCGAGCACUGCCAGACCCACCCAGCUUCCAGGAAGGGUUAAAAGGCAGCCGCCUCCGCGCCCACCUCAGCCUACCGUCCUGCUCACCAAGCCCUGCUACGAUCCAGUCAGUGAGGAGGAGGAAGGUCUGCCAGGGGGUCUCCGGAAGCUCUGCCUGAAGAAGCCAGGUGCAGGGAAGGGUCUGCGACCGGUCAAGCCGUCGGCACGGGUGCCGGGAACCAAGGUGGGCGAGCGGCAACCCGGCCGACUGGCAAGUGAGGGGCCAGCAGGUGGCGAAGUGACCCUCAUCGAUUUUGGGGAGGAGGUGCCCCAAGGUAGUCCCUCACCUGUGGGGGAGCUGACAGCCCCAUCGUUGGUCAAGCUGGCCAUGGAGGCCUUCUCCUUGCUGGACAAGACCCCACCACAGAGCCCCACACGGGCUCUACCCCGGCCCCUCCACCCCACACCAGUGGUGGACUGGGACGCCCGCCCCUUGCCCCCACCGCCUGCCUAUGAUGAUGUGGCACAGGACGAGGAUGACUUCGAGGUCUGCUCCAUCACCAGCCCCCCGAGCCGGCGGGGCAAGACCAAUUACGGCUUUGUGGAUGAGGGUGAGCGGGGACCGGCGCUGGAGGACAACCUCUUCCUGCCCCCCAAGGAGCCCAAGCAGCCCAGCCUGACACAGACCACCGAGCUCUUUGAGGAGCUGCAGCAGGAGUGCAUGAAGAGGCUCAAUGUUCCCCUGGGACCAGCUGCCCCCGCUGACGACAAACCCCAAAUCCCGCCCCGUGUCCCCAUCCCACCCCGGCCCUUACGCCGCAAUGAGCCCGGGCGCUGGUCAGGGGAGCUUUCUCCAGCUUCGGGGGGCGAGGAAGACCGGCCGCCCCAGAUUCCCCCCCGGGACCCGCUGUCGCAGCCCACCUCCCGGACACCCAGCCCCAUGGCCCUGCAGGUGGGCUCCCCCCAGCAACGUGCAGCCCUCUGCUCCUGCCUCUCCACCUCGCCGGGGAAGCCCAUGCCCACCACGCAGAGCUUCGCCCUUGACCCCAAGUAUGCCACCCCCAAGGUCAUCCAGGCACAGGGCAAGGACUGCUCCAAGGGACCCUGCAUCCUGCCCAUCGUGAAGGAUGGGCAGAAGGUCAGCAGCACCCACUACUACCUGCUGCCCGAGCGCCCUGCUUACCUGGACAAAUAUGAGAAGUUUUUCAAGGAGGCCAAAAGCCCUGAGGAGGUGUCGGCAUCCCGCCUGGUCACCACAGCCACCGUCCGUCCCAUGGUGCAGCAGCCACUGCCAGACUGCAAGGCCAACUUUUCCUCCAACAACAGCAACCCCGGGCCCAAGUGCCUGGUAAAAGCCUCCUGCAGCCUCCAGAAGAUCGUCUAUGAUGGGCCGGACGGCUGCCGCCCCGCCGACAAGAUCCGGCUGGUGCAGGACACAGUGCACGGUGUGACCACCGAGGAGUGCCAGGCAGCCCUGCAGAACCACGGCUGGAACAUCCAACGGGCUAUCCAGUACCUGAAGGUGGAGCAGCUCUUCUGCCUGGGGCUGAAGUCCCGUGGCGAGUGCCAUCGGGUGCUGGAGAUGUUCGACUGGAACCUGGCCCAGGCCAGCUCCCACCUCCUCGAUCCCUACAGCACCACCCGCCAGAAGCGGUGACAGCGGGGACGGGGCGAGCUGCAUCGGAUCCAGAGCAGGCAUCUCGCCACGGGGCCUCCCCCCCGCGUCUCACCCUGGCCCACGCAACCUGCUGCUGGACUCUGGCCUGAGCCCCCGCGUGGGGGGAAGGGGACACCCCGAAAGGGAGCCUGCCCAGUGCCCCAGACCUGCCAGGGUGCCUGUGCCCUGGCUUCGGCGAUGGGCUCCGUCCCCUGGCCCCUUGUUGAAUUGUUUUUGUAAAGAGAAAUGUAAUUUUAAUAUAUAUAUUAUAUAUAUAUAUAUAAAAAAAAUAUUCUAUGGAGUGGA